AUGAUAGUGCCUGUGAGCUACAGGUCUAAAGAUCUUUUAUCCUUUGAGCCUAAAUCGUGCCCUGAUUCAUUGUUAAUUGUUAAAAAGAACUCUCAUAAAAGACCGAGAACUGAACUUAACACCUCAAGAGUGGAAAGCGAACUUAUACCCGCUAUUCAGAAUUUUCUGGAAAAAGUUAAAGCUGAAAGAAACAAAGGACUUGAAGACUGUUCCUCCUCGUCUGAGUCAUCAGGUUCUUCGGGAUCGUCAGUUGCCACGUCUUCUGGUUAUUCAAUUGCACGCAGAGAUACAUCUAAUUCUUCUUCUUCUUCCUCUUCUUCCAGUUCGGAAGAAACCUCAUCAUCAGAAGAAGAGGCUCAACAAGUCCAAUUGAACGUAUUAUUCUACAAACGUGAACACGAUUCAUCCGACUCCAGUAGUAGCUCUUCUGAAAGUGACUCUGACAGUGAUUGA